AUGACAGAACAGUUGGAGAGUCGUGUUCUGGGGAUCGAGCAGGGGCAAGAAGAGCUGAGCAAUCAGAUGAAGAGGAUAUUGGACCUACUAUUAAACAAAGGGAAAAUAGUCCAAGAUCAGGAUCAUGAAGAAGAAAAUGAUCCUAUCCACUUGCUUGGCUUUACGCCGAUUCAUGGGCAGUCUUCCAGAUUGCCGCCAUUUACCUCAGAGAAACCACUGCAUAGCAUGCCACCUUUUAUCCUGGCAGUGAUGGGGAUGCCCUUAUUGGUAAUGGUGGGCGUAGCGACAAGAAAAACUACAACGGAAUACCGAUGUGAUGAGCUAGAAGAGCGGCUAAAGGCCAUAGAGGGGACUCUGGCCUCCAAUACCACCAGACCCUCAGAUUACUGCCUGGUGCCUAAUGUAGUCCUUCCUCCAAAAUUUAAAAUGCCAGACUUUGAGAAUUUUACUGAGAUAAUGGUUAGAUGGUAUGUCCAGCAGAAUAGGGCCCAGAUCCACACGUGGGGUGACUUAGCCGAUGCCUUCGAAGCGCAAUAUCGCAAUAUCCUGGAAAUGGCUUUAGACAAGGUGUCCCUUUUUGAAAUGGAGAAAAAGCCAACAGAGACUUUCAGGGAGUAUGCACACCGUUGGAGAGAUGCGGCCACUGAAGUGGAUUCUCCGGUUGGCGACCGUGAGGCAAUAUUGAUGUUUGUAGGGACAUUAAAAGAUCCCUACCAUUCACACCUAAUAGGAUCCACCCCCCAUAACUUCAUGGACAUUGUGGCGGUAGGGACCAGAGUGGAAGCCGACAUCAAAGCUGGAUAA